UGAAUGUCACAUGACCCUUGUCACAUGAGGGUCAUGUGACUCACGUUCGGUUAGUUUUAUUUCCUGAAUUGCAUUAAAAUUUCGCAUUCUAAAUCUGACAUUACAGCGAGAAGGAACAGCCAUGAAGUUCCUUUUAGUCCUCAGUGCCUUGGCGGCCGUUGCCAUGGGGAAAUCCCUCAAGUUCAUUCCCAACUUUGAGAUGAACUCACCAGAAAUGGUUUACUACAUCAACCAUGUAGCAAAAACUACCUGGAAGGCUGGCCACAACUUCGUUGGUGUCCCAGUGUCCUCCAUCAAGAGGCUGUGUGGUUCCAGGAAGACCCCUGAACACCUCAGGCCUGAGACCCUCAUCCACAAGGAACCCCUGUUCGUCCCUGACUCCUUCGACUCUCGCGACCAAUGGAAGAACUGUCCAACGAUUGGUGAGGUCCGCGAUCAGGGGGCAUGUGGCUCCUGCUGGGCAUUUGGUGCAGUCGAGGCCAUGUCAGACAGAAUCUGUAUCCACUCCCAGGGAAAGGUCAACGCUCAUAUUUCUGCCGAAGAUUUAACCACCUGCUGUGGACAAUGUGGAAAUGGUUGUGAUGGAGGUUUCCCACCAGAGGCUUGGAGCUAUUGGAAGAGUACUGGUCUUGUCACUGGUGGCCAAUAUAACAGCAAGCAGGGCUGUCAGCCCUACAAGGUCGCUAGUUGUUCCCACCAUGUUAAUGGCACCAAGCCCCCAUGCACAGGAGAAGGACCCACACCACGCUGCAGCCGUACCUGCGAGCCAAACUAUAAAGUCAGCUACAAAGCUGAUAAGCACUUUGGAAAGACGCACUAUUCCAUCUCGAGUAGUGUCAUACAAAUUCAAACUGAAAUCAUGACAAACGGCCCGGUAGAGGCUGCUUUCACGGUAUAUGCCGAUUUCCCAACAUACAAGUCUGGUGUUUACCAGCACGAAUCUGGUGGAGAGCUUGGUGGUCAUGCGAUCAGGAUCCUUGGCUGGGGAACGGAGAAUGGCACACCAUACUGGCUGGUUGCUAACUCCUGGAAUCCAGAUUGGGGUGACAAAGGUUACUUCAAGAUCUUGAGAGGACAGAACGAAUGCGGUAUUGAAGGUGAAAUCGUUGCCGGUCUGCCAAGAUUAUAAACAAUUUGAAAAGACUGUACAACAUUGAACAUCAAGAGACUGUGAUCAUUGUAGAAGAGUAUUGAGGCAUAAACUUAUUCACCAUGAGGAUUGAUGGGGGGGGGGGGGGGAGGUGUGUCAGGAGACCAACUUAAUGAUCUCACUUGAGAUUAGCAUGUACCAAUAAAUGAUUUAUAUUGCACUUGAAUUAUGUGAGAGAAAAUGUGUCACUUUGGUGUUGGAGAGGUCUUCGUUGCUAUGGUAACAGAAAGAAGCUGACCAUUCAUCAGGAUAUGAUUUUGUUAAAACUGUAAUGUGUGCUCAAAUAUUGUUGCGGCCAGAGAAACUUUCUAUUCUGUAUCACCUUUCAUAUUGUGAUUUACAAUAAAUUUAUAUAUUUAGGUUACAAAA